AUGGCACAAUCUCGUAGGACUACGCAAUCUUCUCAAGAUGAUGCGCCAGAUAUAGCCCGAGUGAUUGAAGCAAUGGUAGCUGCCAUGGCGCAGCAAAGUACGGUAAUGAUGCAACAACACGAAACAUCAAUGCAACGACAAGCGGCAGUGCUCGAGCAGCAACAGCUGGUGAUGCAACAGAUGGAGGCUGCUAGAGCGGCUGCUAAGGACGCUCACAGGCAACAUAUGGAGGCCCUCCACCAACUAGAGGAGAACAGGGUGGCUGCCCCUGCUUUUGGCCCGGAGCCACGACCUACAGUCCGGGAGUGGAGUCUGGAGGACUUUCUGAAGCACCAUCCGGUGAAGGUUGGAGGCAAGACCAGUCCGGACGCAACAGACCAGUGGCUGAAGGAUUUGGAGAGGAUAUUUGAUGCCAAGAUGUGCCGAGAGGAAAGUAGACUGGCAUUCGUAGUGUAUAUGCUCACGGGUGAGGCUGAGCACUGGUGGGUCAGCAUGAAGUCCAUGAUGGAGGAGAGGCAGGAGCCAGUUACUUGGGAUGUCUUCAGGAGGAAGUUCCUUUCCGAGUACUUCCCUGACAACGUCAAAUACGCUAAAGAGGUAGAAUUCUUGCAGUUAACCCAGGGAAGCAAGUUUGUGGCUGAGUAUGCGGAAAAGUUCAAGCAUCUCAGUCGUUUCUAUACCAUGCCACUAGAUGAAGAGUGGCGAUGCAGGAAGUUCGAGAAUGGCCUCCGUGGGGAUCUUCGUUUGAUGGUGGCCCCGCUAUCCAUCAAGGAUUUUGUCGCCUUGGUGGAGAAGGCAAGGGUCAUGGAGAAGAUGAAAGUAGAGGUGGAAACUCAGCACUCACACCAACAGAGGAUGGGAGGACCAUCUGUGUCCAAGCAUAGGCACGAGGAGAGGAGGAAACCCUACUAG